AAAAAUUCAGAAAAGAUAAAAAUCUUAAAAAAUGAUGCGGUCAGCAAACAGUUUGUUAAUGAAAACCUCCCGAAUGGGCAUGAUGCGGGAUGCGAGUGCCCAGGCCAUUCGGAAGGGAUUGACAGGAACAGGAACUACAAUAGUGCAGCAGUCACAACAAUAUCGAUUUGCCCAGGAGGUGAGUCACAUGAGGAAGACAUCAACGUUGCAGUCCAUGAGGGAAUUCUUUAUGCAUCCCUUGACCUGGGAUCGCAAUAAUGGAUAUCUGAAUGUGGUGCUGGCAUUGGCAAUCUUUAGCUUUUGCUUCAUCAACUCGUGUGCGUCAUGUCCCGAGGAAGGACCGCAGGCGCAGUCAAAGAAUGCCGACUAGGAGCAAUAGCUUACCUUGAUUGCAGACACAGACGAGUCCCGAGUUGGUGGAGUGACACUUGGCAUUCAUGUCGCAAAGAGUUGGAUUAUUGAGGCAGUUUUGUUCCUCAAUGCAGACAUAACCAUCGCCAUGGAAUCCGGCAUUACAUUGGCAAGCAUAAUUAGCUGGAUCUCUGUAAGAACAAGACAGAAAUGAAGUCAUCUUGUGGAUCAA